AGGGACACAUCGCUGAGUAACAAAAACCAGAGAGAGAGAGAGAAUAAAAGCUCCCAAAAUUUUAUUUUAAUUUUUAAUUUAUUUUUUUUUCCAGUUGGAAAAGGAUAAAUCGAAAUCUUAGCCUCUUAGGUAGCUGAGAAAGAGGAAAAGGGAAAGGAAAAGAAUUUGAUUUUCCAUUUUUUAAUAGUUAAAAUUUGCAGCUUUAAUUAAGUGAGGAAAAAGAGAUGGAAGAGAAUUCAAAUUCCAUUGCUGAGAUGAAGAACGGAAACGACGAUCAUGGUUGGAAAACGGUGACGUAUCAGAAGAAGAAUAAGAAACAGCCGCAAAAUCAGCAGCAAGUGAGGUCGGCUGCGGCGGGAGGAGGAGGUGGAGUUUCCGAUCGACGGAGCGAUGUUUUCCGGGUGAUCGAGGAGCACUCCGAGGAGAGACACCGGAAAUGGCUGGAGGAUCGACAAGCCGCCGCCGCUGCUAUGGAGGAUCAUUCCGUUGUCAUUGACGACGUCGAGGAGGUUAGCGACGGUGACGAGGCUCCAGUGCAGAAUGGCGCCCCGGAAGAGAAGAAGACUAAGCCUAAGAAGCCUAAGAAACCGAAGGUUACUGUUGCUGAGGCUGCUUCGAAGAUCGACGCCGCUGAUCUCACCUCUUUCCUUGCUGAUAUUUCAGUUUCCUUUGAGACGCAGCAGGAUAUACAGCUGAUGAGAUUUGCAGAUUAUUUCGGACGUGCAUUUGCUAAAGUGAGUGGGUCCCAGUUUCCAUGGAUGAAGAUACUUAAGGAAUCUCCUGUUGCAAAGAUGGUUGAUCUCCCUCUCUCCAACGUGUCUGAAGAUGUGUACAAGACAUCAACAGAUUGGCUUAACCAGCGAUCUGUCGAAGCGCUUGGCUCUUUUGUGUUGUGGUCACUCGAUAGCAUUAUAUCUGACAUUGCACUUCAUCAAGGCUCCACCAAAGGGGCUAAAAAGGUUGUUCAGCAGGCAGCUUCAAAAUCUCAGGUUGCCAUUUUUGUCGGCUUGGCAAUGGUAUUGCGACGUAAACCCGACGUCUUGAUUAGUUUGUUGCCAUCACUGAAGGAGAAUGCUAAGUAUCAGGGGCAAGAUAAGCUUCCUGUUCUCGUGUGGGUUAUCACUCAGGCUUGUCAAGGGGAUUUGGUUGUUGGACUGUUCCUGUGGGUUCAUUUUCUUUUCCCUAUGCUUAGCGGGAAAUCCAAUUCUAAUCCGCAAUCCAGAGACUUAAUUUUGCAGGUGGUUGAGAGAAUUACUUCCUCACCAAAGGCUCGAACCAUUCUACUUAAUGGUGCAGUCAGAAAGGGAGAACGUGUGGUUCCUCCAUCCUCACUUGACCUUUUGAUGAGAGCCACCUUUCCAGCAAAUUCAGCCAGAGUAAAGGCAACUGAGAGGUUUGAAGCUGUGUAUCCUCUUUUGAAAGAGGUAGCUCUUUCUGUUUCCUCAGGAAGCAAAGCUAUGAAGCAAAUCACUCAGCAAAUGCUGCCCUUUGCCAUUAAAGCUGCCGGAGAAGGUAUUCCUGAAUUAGCAGGAGAAGCGAGUAACUUGUUUAUUUGGUGUUUAACUGAGAACCCUGACUCUUGCAAGCAAUGGGAUAACAUCUAUAUGGAAAAUCUUGAUGCAAGUGUUGUCAUUCUGAAAAAGCUGUGUGAUGAGUGGAAGAUUCAUGCGGAGAAACAUUCUGUGGUUGACCCUCUAAAGACAACUUUAAGAAGUUUGAUAGUGAAGAAUGAGAAGGCAUUGGCUAGUGAUGAGAAGGAUGCUGCUCAUCAAGCGACCUUGAAAGAUGCUCAAAAGCACUGCAAGAUACUUCUGGGUCGGGUAUCACGAAGCAAUGGAUGCUUGAAGGCAUUCGUUAUAUUGAGUAUUGUAGUGGCUGUUGGUGCAGCUUUUGUGUCAAAUGACUUGAAGUCAUUUGACUUGAAGAAACUAUUGGUCGACUUCAACUUAUCGUAGAAUUUUCCUCCCUCUUAAAAUGGAGGCAUACUGGCAUAUAGUGGUUCAUGCCAUUGUUACAUGUCUAAAUUAUACCCGGCAUAGAGAAGCUAGACGCCCAUAACAAAAUGGGUAAGAGAUCGAGAUCCUUUUAGAACCUUCCUUCAACCAAAUCUUGUCGAGUUCAGGGAGCAUAGGUAUAGAAAACUAAGAAACAUAAUUCGUGUUGUUUUUACUGUAGUCGUUUAACGGUGUUGUCUCUCUUAUGUUCAUUCCAAAUUAAAUUGAGAAUUGAAUUCUCUUGACAUUUUGUUGAUGUUGGCAAUGUUACAGUGGUUUUCCUGCUUACUGAAUUA